AUGUACGCGAUCGCCGGUACCGAUAUGUAUAUCAAAUCGCAUCAACUGACGGAGAAUCGGUGCACUCAGGCAUGGAGAAGGAAAGUUGUGUAUACAUGUGUACCAGCCGCGUACGAUUUGCAAUACAGCCAGCUAGCAAAAUGGUCCCAUGACGACAUAGCCGUGCUCAAAGUUGAGAAACCGUUUCUCUUCGAAGGUAGAGCAUGGCGGGAGUGUAAAUACAAACCCGCCAUAAUUCCUAUAAACUUUGACCUGGAGUACGAGCAACCUGGAACGGACGCUAUUGUGCUUGGAUGGGGACAUACGAUGGAAUGGCGAUCGCCAAACUCCACCGUCGAUUUAAAUCAAAAGAAGCUUCAGUACACCUCAGUAUCAAUACUUGAUCGGGAGGAAUGCAAGAAGCACUUCACAAACACGGAUAUGGGAAAACAAAUCGACGAUUAUAUGAUUUGCACGUAUCACGAUGGCAAACUGGACGAUUCCGGAAAAAUAAUUACUUCACGGAAAUAUUAUCAUCGUCGUAAGAGUAACACGACUGUACCCUGGGAACGUCGACGUAGCAGUAGUAGGAGAAAUGGAAUCUGUCAGAACGAUCACGGCGGUCCGCUUGUCACUUGGAUCAAUGGUACGGAGCACGUCAUCGGAAUAGCCUCCGUGUUCCGCGUGGACCAGCAUUCGCAAUGCAUCGGACCCUUCCUCUACACCAGCACCGCGAGGAAUAAGGAGUUCGUGAACUGCAUUCUGAAAGACUUGAUACACACUGAUGAUAUUGAAAGAAGAAGGUCGGUAUGCGACCAGCCGGAGGGCGCAAAAAGUUUAGUUAUACUUCGUCGAUACAUAAAGUGGACUGAAAACACACGUGGCAGUUUGUCGUCAAACCUCAAUAUAAGGCCUCAAAUACCGAUUAGUCAAUAUACAGGAAAAUAA